AUGGAUGCAUUCCGAUUGCUGACUAGGUCGACAAAAUUCAAGUCGGUGACCAAGCCGGCCGCAGAGCCUGCUGCGCGUCUGCCCUCUGCGGGCACAGCGGCCAUUCCGCAGCUUUUCCGGACCGCCGAGGCCGACAAGCUCGAGUCGAAGCAUGGCAAGAAAAGAAAGCGUGUGCCUGCGACAGAAGAAGAUGACGGUGCAAAUGCAGCCGAUCUGGACUUUUUCCAUUCCACCAAGCGCGCCGCUGCGUCUUCAACUGGUGUACCCGCGGCGAAAGAUGAUCAGGACCAAGCAUCUGGUCAACGCGAUGAAUCUGAAUCUGAAUCUGAUGAUGCUAUGGAUGAGGUGGAACGCCGGACGAUCUUGAACUCACACAAGAUCAAGGUCUCUGACCUGCGCGAUCUGGAUGAGAUCCAGCCUCCGGCUCCGGCCAAGGAAUCUAAGAAGAAAAAGAAGAAGUCUAAGAAGGAAGAAGCUCCUGCGCUGAGCAAGAAAGAGCAGAAACGUGCUCGUCGCAUGUAUCCACAACCGUUGCUUUCAUUCAAGGAGCUGCGGACACGAUACAAAAUCUCUGGACGACUUGCAAAUAACGUUGCGGAACAAGGGUUUGCGAUGCCUACAGAGGUGCAGCUGGGAACCCUUCCUCUUUUGCUGGGAAAUUCGCCCGGAACAAACUCCAACACCCUUUCCGAGCCGGAUUUGCUCGUUGUCGCUCCUACGGGCAGCGGAAAGACGCUCUCAUUUUUGAUUCCUACGAUCAAUAAGAUCAUUCGACACCACCAUUCGAACACUGAAGAGCACGGGGUCUUGUCUGUAGUCGUGGUGCCUACCAAGGAACUCGCCAGCCAGAUUGUAAACGAAGGCCGGAAACUCGUGGCAGGCACUGGCGUCAAAAUCACUCUGAUGAGAAAGGGUAUGCGAGUGGUGGAUCGAGAAGGCGAAGCCGAAGUCGAUGCCUUGAAUGAAGACAGUGAUGCAUCUGGAUCAGAAGAGGAAGAGGACGAGGAUGCAAGCAAGCCCCAAAAGGACGAAAACAAAACACCAGUCACCAAGAGCGAUAUCCUGGUCACCACACCUCUCCAACUUGUCAAUUCGCUGUCUUCGAAUCAAACAAGACCCGUGGCGAACAUGCCAUUGGUACGAAGCUUGAUUCUUGAUGAAGCAGAUGUUCUCUUGGAUCCUCUAUUUCGAGAGCAAACUCUCGAUAUCUGGCGCUCAUGUGUGCACCCCGACUUACGUGUGAGCCUCUGGUCUGCUACGAUGGGCUCGAACAUCGAGGAGCUCACUCGCUCGACGAUCAAAGAGCGAUUGGAGAGAAUUGGACAGACCAGCAACACACUACACCCAUUGGUUCGUCUAGUUGUCGGACUGAAGGACUCCGCUGUGCCCAACAUCGAUCACCGUCUGGUCUACGCAGCAACUGAGCAGGGUAAAUUGCUUGGUCUUCGCCAGCUGCUGCACCCAACCGCGGCCGCAGCUUCCGAUGUCCGUCUCCGACCUCCAUUCCUCAUCUUUACUCAGACUAUCCCCCGUGCCAUCGCCCUCCACUCCGAAUUGAAAUACGAUAUCCCCGCCGAAGCAGGCGGAUCCUCCCGCAUUGCAGUGCUGCACUCCGAUCUAUCCGACAACCAGCGUUCCGAUAUCAUGCGCGACUUCCGCAAAGGAGAGAUCUGGAUUCUUGUCACCACGGACGCGCUGUCUCGUGGUCUAGAUAUCAAGGGCCUCAACGGAAUCGUCAACUAUGAUAUCCCUAACUCAGCUGCUAUCUAUGUUCACCGAGCUGGACGAACAGGUCGCGCGGGUCGCGAGGGCGGUGUCGCAGUUACUUUCUACACCAAGGAAGAUAUUCCCUACGUGAAAAGCAUCGCCAACGUCAUCGAUGCCAGUGAGAAACUCCGCGGCGCAGAUGGCGACAAGUCAAUCCAAAAAUGGCUCCUCGAGUCCCUGCCUGAUCUCAGCAAGAAGGAUAAAAAGGAGCUCAAGAAGCAUGGUGUCAAGGCACGCCAGAUCUCGAAGCACAUUGGCGGCAAGGAUGGAAAGGACAAGGAGCAGGAAGAGAGAGAGAACCGACGGGCCCGAAUUAGUACGAAGAGUGGAUUCGAGCGUCGCAUGGAGAACCGCAAGAGAGGCGCUAUUGCCGCGAGUCGCAAUCGGAAGGCGACUGCAGCCGCCGAGGCCGUGGCGGACAGUGACGAGGGUAGUUGGGAUGGAUUCAACGAUUAG